AUGACCCAGAAACUGCUUAUCGACAAGUUCCUCGCCACCUUUGACCCACCUGCGACACUCGAGCCUGUCCUUCAGCUGGCCAUCAAGUACGACGCGAAGCAUAAGGAAGUGAGCAAGCGAGGCGACGGUCCACCGGACAACAAUCGUCGUCCGGAGCAACGUCCAACAAGGGUCUACCCUGGGGAUCGACCUCACUAUUACCUAUGCGGGGUGCGGCCUGCGCCCAGGCCUGCAAAUUAUGCCACGGUGGCCAGGGCGUCCUCGGCGCCCCUGCCGCCUGAAGGCCAAGCCGGCCGAAGGCAUGCCGGCCAAUGCCAAGUGUUUCAACUGUGGUCGCACGGGUCACUAUGCCCGCGACUGCAAGGCGUGCCCAUCAGCAACAACACCCGCCUCAACGCCCUGUGGUACCAGCCGACUGACAAUCGCGUCAAAAAUCGGAUGCCCGUCAUUGAGAUCGAACUUUUGGGCGUCAAGGCGAGGGCGCUUGUUGACACCGGUGCCGGCUGCGGGACAUGGGAGAGCGCAGAGCCUGACAAGCGCUUCAACGCCUUGGCCAGGCUUGGUGGUGGGACCGCAGUCUCGUUCGAGGCCUAUCUCAUCACAUUCAGUGAUCUUGCCGAUUGGUUCGACGUGAUUUGA